GGUUGCAAUGCGACCAUGACUGUGUUGGUCGCUUUACAAUCUAAGAUUCCUCCUCAGCAGCAGGUCGCCUGGAAGUAGGAGGGACGCCUUAUUUCUGACAAAAUUCACCGUGCCAUUGUCGCAAAUUUCUUUCGAUUUCUUGAUUCUAGCCACCAUCUCCACUCUCCUAUCUCCUUCGUUGCUCCAUAAGAUCUCGGCCGUCGUACACCGCUUGCAGGGAUCAAUUUUCAGUAGUUAUGUCGACGACAACAGGGUAUGCGCAACAUUUCGGCAUUCAUUGCUGGGGUAUUGCAGCAUGCGGUGCGGUAACAGUAACUCAUAGUUUUGAGACUGUGAAGAUUCGGUUACAGCUACAGGGAGAACUUCAGGCGAAAAGCGAAGCGGUCAAGAAAUACAAGGGUGUUUUCCAUGGAGUUAAGGUCAUUCUGCAAAACGAAGGCCCUCGCGGGCUGUUCCGGGGAAUCGGCUCGGCUUACAUCUACCAAAUUUUGCUCAAUGGCUGUCGUUUGGGCUUCUAUGAGCCGCUGCGCAAGGGUAUCACAACAGCUGUCUACAAGGAUCCGCAAGUUCAAUCCCUCGGUAUCAAUGUCUUCUCAGGCGCCGCGUCCGGCAUCAUCGGCGCAGCAGCUGGGUCUCCUUUCUUCCUCGUGAAAACUCGCUUGCAGUCUUACUCUCCCUUCCUUCCCGUCGGCACGCAGCACAAAUAUCGGAACUCCUUCGAUGGUUUGCGAAAAAUUUACACGUCCGAGGGUGUUGGCGGACUUUACCGGGGUGUUGGAGCGGCUAUGGUUCGCACUGGUUUCGGCAGCUCCGUCCAGCUUCCCACAUAUUUCUUCGCGAAGCGACGCUUGGUGAAGCACCUGGGGAUGGAGGAUGGUCCAGCCCUUCAUCUAGCCAGUAGUACUGUGUCUGGCUUCGUGGUCUGCUGUGUCAUGCACCCUCCCGACACGGUUAUGUCCAGGAUGUACAAUCAGACUGGUGAUCUUUACAAGGGGGCAUUUGAUUGCCUCUUCAAGACUAUCCGAAAGGAGGGUAUACUUGCGAUCUACAAGGGCUACUUUGCCCAUCUGGCCCGUAUCUUGCCUCAUACCAUCUUGACUCUCAGUCUGGCUGAGCAGACCAAUAAACUGAUGCGCAGAUUCGAGGACCGGUUUCUUCCCGACUCGAUAAAGGCGCGUGUCUAGCACGGUUGGUUCUUACCGCGACCGAACGCCUUUGAGCGUCGUCGAUAGAUUCAGUGAGGGUAAUAAUGGGUUUCUAGAGAGUACGGCAUUGGUCUUUUGCAUUGUCGAGCGGUUGCAGCGAAAAGAUCGCUGAAAUCGUUGGGUACAUACAUUGGAGGCGUUGACUUCCGGGUCGUCCUGCUGCGAUGCGGCUUGGACGUUUUGUACAUAUCAGUAUAUAAUACAUUGUGUAGAUCUCGAUACGGUGGUAUAGACUCGGUUUUUCACUUCAAA